CUCCCCGCGGCAGCACCGCGGCGGGGCCUGUUAUUCGGCUCGCGGCUCGGCCGGGACCCGCGCAGCGCCAGUGACUCGGAGAGUCGGCCCCCGCUCCUCCCUGCCCGGGCCUAGAGCCACCCCCAACCCGAGAGGCCGGAGACGGAGCUGGAGCGGCUGCCGCAUCCCGGCCCAGCCUUCCCCACUAUCCCUCCCCUCCCCUCUGGACAUCUGGACCCUGGGCCCCGCACCGACAGGGUUCCGGAAACCCUCCCCGCCCAGCGCGGCGGCCCGGCCCCGCGCCACCCUCUCUGCAGAGCCCCCAGCCCUCCUCCAGACCAGACUUCCGCCUACCCCUGGACGCCCCCUCCCUGGUCCCUCCCUCCCCAUCUCCCCCAGCCUGGAGUGGGGUAGGAGGGAGGGGGGGUGUGCGCCCUGCGCCGUCCCCGCCCCGCCCCCCGUGAUUCCCCCUGCAUGGCCGGCCCGGGUGGGGGGCGCGGGGGGGCCCGGGCGCCAUGCGGGGGGGGCACAAGGGGGGUCGCUGUGCCUGUCCCCAUGUGAUCCGAAAAGUGCUGGCAAAAUGCGGCUGCUGCUUCGCCCGGGGGGGACGUGAGUCCUAUUCCAUUGCUGGCAGUGAGGGGAGCAUCUCAGCUUCGGCUGCCUCGGGUCUGGCUGCCCCCUCUGGCCCCAGCUCUGGCCUCAGCUCUGGCCCUUGUUCCCCGGGCCCCUCAGGGCCAGUCAGUAGCCUGAGAAGAUGGUUGGAUCAUUCUAAACAUUGUCUCAGUGUGGAAACUGAGGCAGAUGGUGGCCAGGCUGGACCAUAUGAGAACUGGAUGCUGGAGCCACCUCUGGCCACAGGAGAGGAGCUGCCGGAACUGACCCUGCUGACCACAUUGUUGGAGGUCCCUGGAAAUAAGAUGCAGCCACCUGAGGAGGAGACUUUGUCCCAAGCCCCUGAGAGUGAGGAGGAGCAGAAGAAGAAGGCUCUGGAAAGGAGUAUGUAUGUCCUGAGGGAACUGAUAGAGACAGAGAAGAUGUAUGUGGACGACUUGGGGCAGAUUGUGGAGGGUUAUAUGGCCACCAUGGCUGCUCAGGGGGUCCCUGAGAGUCUUCGAGGCCGUGACAGGAUUGUGUUUGGGAACAUCCAGCAAAUCUAUGAGUGGCAUCGAGACUAUUUCCUGCAGGAGCUACAACGAUGCUUGAAGGAUCCUGAUUGGCUGGCUCAGCUAUUCAUCAAACAUGAGCGCCGGCUGCAUAUGUAUGUGGUGUACUGUCAGAAUAAGCCCAAGUCGGAGCACGUGGUGUCAGAAUUUGGGGACAGCUACUUCGAGGAGCUCCGGCAGCAGCUGGGCCACCGCCUACAGCUCAAUGACCUCCUCAUCAAACCAGUGCAGAGGAUCAUGAAAUAUCAGCUGCUGCUCAAGGAUUUUCUCAAGUACUAUAGUAGAGCUGGGAUGGAUACUGAGGAGCUAGAGCGAGCUGUGGAGGUCAUGUGCUUUGUGCCCAAGCGCUGCAAUGACAUGAUGACCCUGGGGAGACUGCGGGGGUUUGAGGGUAAACUGACUGCUCAGGGGAAGCUCUUGAGCCAGGACACAUUCUGGGUUACGGAGCCCGAGGCUGGGGGGCUCCUCUCUUCCCGGGGUCGAGAGAGGCGUGUCUUCCUCUUUGAGCAAAUCGUCAUCUUCAGCGAGGCCCUGGGGGGAGGAGUGCGAGGUGGAACGCAGCCUGGAUAUGUGUACAAGAGCAGCAUCAAGGUGAGCUGCUUGGGACUGGAGGGGAACCUCCAAGGUGACCCUUGCCGCUUUGCCCUGACCUCCAGAGGGCCAGAGGGUGGGAUCCAGCGCUAUAUCCUGCAGACUACAGACCCUGCAGUCAGUCAGGCCUGGAUCAAGCAAGUGGCUCAGAUCCUGGAAAGCCAACGGGACUUUCUCAAUGCAUUGCAGUCACCCAUUGAGUACCAGAGACGGGAGAGCCAGACCAACAGCCUGGGGCGGCCAGGAGGGCCUGGGGUGGGGAGCCCUGGGAGAAUUCGGCCUGGAGACCGGGCCCAGGUCAGCACACACGCCCCCAUCAAUGGUUCUCUCCCCUCCCUGCUGCUGUUGCCCAAACCGGAGAUGGCCAGAGCUGCCCUGCCCCUGGACACACAGGCCCUCAGUGACAUCUCCCAGGCUCCUCAUGACUCCCCUCCAGUUCUACCAAUUCCAAACACCCCUCCCCGCCAAGCCAGACUUGCCAAGCUGGAUGAAGAUGAGCUGUAACUGGUGAAGGCCACGGGGGUGGUGCUGACUCAGCCACUCUAUUCCCCAAGGAACUUCAGGGCAAUCCUUCUGGUACCGCCCAGGAAAUCCUCCUCUUGGUGUGCCUAGAAGGCAGGCAAGGCUGAGAUGGGUGUCAACUUGGAGGAGGGUACCUAGACUCAAAAGGACUUCUUUCUGCCCAAGGAACACAGAUUCCUUUCGCUCCCACCCCUAUGCAUGCAUCACAGGUCCCCCAAAAGGAGGAUAUGUGGGUGGGUGGGAGGGCUGGGGCAAGGGCCAGAUACAAAUGAUUAGUUUGGUUUUGAUUUUGUUUUUUCUGUUUUCUGAGAAUAAAGGUUUUGUUAUAUCACUAA